AUGGGCUACACUUGUCAAGUCUUUCAAGUGUCCAUGGACCCUAAGACCAGUAAAUUCAAACGCUUCCAAGAGUCUGCAAGAAAAGACGUGGAGCGUGCUUUUGGGGUACUUCAAGGCCAAUGGAGAAUCCUUCAACAGGGUGCGCGUCCAUUAAGUAUUAAUAAAAUUAAACACAUCAUGUACUCUUGUGUGCUGCUGCACAACAUGGUCGUUGAAUAUAACGGUCGUGCAAUCGGUCAUUUGGAUUUGGAGCUAAUUCCCGAUACCCCGCCAACGCGUUCUUGGGACGAACGUGUUGACAUUCAGUUACGUAUGAUAAGGGAGUUACGUGAUAGGGCGACACACAACCGUCUAAGAGGCGCCCUAGUUGAGCACAUUUGA